AAAAAGACAAACUUUUUUUAUUUUUUUGCCAUAAAAACGCCUUCUCAGGUUCAAGAAAGUUUGUCUAGUGUGCUUUCCCCGACGAUCAAUAGCAAAAUCAAUACCAAAAACUACACACGGAGCCUUUUAUUGCAGAACCGUUCUCAGCCUCUUAUGUAUUAGCGUUCGGAAGCCACACUAAUAACACUAAUAAAAUGAAAAGUCUAUGAGAAAGCAAUGGCUCACUUGACAUAGGACAUAUUCAUGAAAGAAAUUUCUUUAAAGUGUUGAAUUUUUCGGCAUGCUCUAUUAACCCAUAACAACUGAGGCAUGUUUGCAAUCUUCCACCCGUAGCAUAUGUAAUAAACGCCUAUUUGGAGAUCUCUGUAACUUAGAGAAUACAUGUUAAAAUAUUUCUAUAUUUUACCUCUGGCAACAUUACUAAUAUGGAAAGCAUGCAAAAUUAGUUUUGUUAUUUAUAUUACAAAAAUUCAAAAUUAAAUAAUGGAUCCGAAUUUAAGAAAUUUGAAAGAUUUCUUGACAUUAUACAAUAGAAUCACAGAGCUCUGUUUUGAUCGAUGCGUGGACAAUUUCAAUGGUCGUGUGUUAAGUAAUACAGAGAACAUUUGCGUCAAUCAUUGCGUCAAUAAAUUUGCACGCUUCAAUCAAGCAAUGAUGAAGGUUUAUGUGGAAGUGCAAACACAAUUAAAUCAAAAACGUCUAAAGGAACUGGAAGAGCAACAAAAGUUACUAGAUCAGCAAUCGCUACAAUUACCUAUUAGCACAACUCAAAUCUCAGCACCUUUAAGCACGGAUCAAAAGAUAACAGAAAAUUUGCAAGCAUAGAAAUAUACAUUUUUUAGUUCAAAUAUAUAUAUAUAUAUAUAUAUAUAUACACGUAUAUAAUUAAACUGUUCAGCUAGUUCUGUAAGAUCCAGAUAAUA